GCGGGCGCGGCGGCGGCGGGCCGAGAGCCAAGGCCACGUGGAGUGGCGGCGCGCUUCAAGCCGUGGCGGCCCCGCUUCCGGCCUAGGCGGGGCGGCGGGUUCCUCUUCCUUCCGCGGGAGAAGCCGCAGCCGGGAUGGCCCGGGAGCGACGGCGGAGAGUGCCCGAGGGGCCCCGGCCGCACGACAGAGGCCCGCGGGGGGCGGCGGCAAGGAGGGGCCGGUCGGGGCAGGGGGCGGCGGCGGCGGUGCUGGGCGUGGCGUGCGUGGUGGCGGCGGCGGCAGCGUGGGGGCUGUGGCGGGCGCGCGGGGGCUUGGCCGUGACGCCGCACCCGGCCGCCCGCCUCCUGCCCGCAAACGGCAGCAGUGCCGCCGCCGCCCCCGGCCUCUUCUGGGGCUCCUACCGGCCUCACGUCUACCUGGGCAUGAAGACGCGCAGCCCGCGCGCCCCGGUGACAGGGCUGAUGUGGCUGCUGCCGUCGGAGGGGGAGGCGCCGCCGCCGCCGCUGCGCCACACGUGCGAGCAAAGCGACCGCCUGGCCGGCUACGGCUGGCUGCGCCACGACGGCCUCACCUUCGGCCUGCAGGAGAUCCGCGACCGGGGCCUCCGCCUGCGCACCGAGUUCGUCAAGCGGCCCGGCGGCCUGCACGGCGGCGACUGGAGCUGGAGGGUCACGGCGCGCCCGGAGAGGAGUGCUGGGCCCCCACCCGCCUUCAUUUCCUUGCUCUUCUAUGUGGCAACCGACGGGCAAGGGAUCCUCCGGCCCCUGGUGGUGGAGAAGAACCGCCUGGCCUCCCUGACCGGCACAACCGAAGAGCUGGGGGACUUCACCAUCACCUUCCUGCAGCCCACCAGCGAGGCUGGCACAGGGCCUCUCUAUGCCAGCUACAACUACCUCCACGCUCGGGCUGAGGGCCUGCACCGCUUGAGCGACGUGGUCAAGGCCAGCCUCAGCCCCCGUUUUGUGUAUGCGCCACCAGGGGGCCCCAAGCGCCGCUAUGCUGGUGUGGACACCUACCAGGGGCCGCCCGACGGGAGGGAGCGCCAGAGCCAGCUGGUGGUCCACCAGGUGACCGUGGCCCUGCCCUGCCGGCUAGAGAUGGCCUUUGAGUCGGGCAGCGUGUCCGAUCGUGCCGAGCGGCUGGUGGGGGAGGUGCUGACGCAAGAGCUGGCCAGCCACGUGGCCGCUUUCGACCAGCGCUUUGAGGAGGCGUUUGGGCUGGCCCGCAAGGGCUUCUCUGCACAGGAGCAGGACUUUGCCAAGGCGGCCUUCAGCAACAUGCUGGGCGGGAUGGGCUACUUCUAUGGGCGCUCCCUGGUGCAGUCCCCCCACAGCGAGCUCCCGCAGCCCUACCCCGAGGGCCCGCUCUUCACUGCAGUGCCGUCGCGCUCCUUCUUCCCACGGGGCUUCCUGUGGGAUGAAGGCUUCCACCAGCUGCUGCUGAGCCGCUGGGAUCCCGCCCUGAGCUGCGAGGUGCUGGCCCAUUGGUUCGACCUCAUGAACGCCGAGGGCUGGAUUCCUCGAGAGCAGAUCCUAGGCGAAGAGGCCCGCACGAAGGUGCCUGCGGAGUUCGUGGUGCAGCACAGCAGUGCAGGGAACCCCCCCACGUUCUUCUUGCUGCUGCAGCAGCUCCUCGCGCAGGGCGCGGUCGACGCGCCCUACCUGCGGAGCCUCUUCCCUCGCUUACAGAGCUGGUACGACUGGUACAAUCGCACGCAAGCUGGACCGGUCCCCUACACCUUCCGGUGGCAUGGACGCGACCAGGACACGCAGAUGUUUCUCAACCCAAAGACUCUGACCUCAGGACUGGAUGACUAUCCACGGGCCUCGCACCCGUCGCCGGAGGAGCGCCACCUGGACCUUCGCUGCUGGAUGGCCCUCGCCUCGGACGUCAUGGCGCAGGUGGCCGUGCAUCUGGGAGAGCCAGCGGGGGAUUACCAGCACAUGGCAAAGCUUCUGGCCGACAACCAGCUGCUGGAGCAGCACCACUGGGCCAAGGCGCUGAGCACUUUCGCGGACUACGGCAACCACACCCAGGCAGUGGCUUUAGAGUGGGAGAAGCCCCGGCCCCCUUCUCCGGGCCAGCCCCUCCCGCCCCCCAGGCUUCUGCGGGUGGUCCGCAAGCCCCCCAGGCUGCAGUUUGUAGGGGGCGCCCUCGGCUACGUGAGCCUUUUCCCACUGCUGCUGCAGCUGCUGCGGCCUGAUUCGCCACACCUGGGCACCCUCCUGGCAGACAUGCGCAGCGAGAAGCAGCUAUGGACGCCCUUUGGCCUGCGCUCCCUCUCGCGCAGCAGCCCCCUCUACCUCAAGUACAACACAGAGCACGACCCCCCUUACUGGCGGGGGGCCAUCUGGAUCAACAUCAACUACCUGGCUGUGCGGGCGCUGCACCACUACGGCCGCCAGGAGGGGCCCUUCCGCCAGGAGGCCGCCUCCCUCUACCAGGAGCUGCGAGCCAACCUCGUGGGCAACGUCUUUCAGCAGUACCAGGAAAGUGGCUACCUCUGGGAGCAGUACCACGACGGCACGGGCAAGGGGCAGGGGAGCCACCCGUUCACAGGCUGGUCUGCCCUGGUGGUGCUGAUGAUGUCUGAGAAAUACUAGCACUGGGUGGGCAGGCAGGGAUUGCUCAGGGCUGGCGUGGCGGCUCUGCCCUCCGUAGGACAUGAGCUGGGAAAAACAAUUCAAAAUAUUUUCUUACAGAAUAAAAUUGAGAAAAGCGA